GAGCCGCGUCGGGCCAUGGUUGAGAGGCCCAGCAAGUUUGCCCUGAUCGUGGCCGGCUCGGUGGGCUUCAUGCUGAUCGUGUACCAGUACGUGGGGCCGGGGCUGAGCCCGGGCUGGUCGGGGGGCCCGGCCCAGGCCCGCCGGGAGGAGCCGGACCCCUUCCCCACGGCCGACCCGCACUACGUGAAGAAGUACUUCUUCCCCCUGCGGGAGCUGGCGCGGGCCCUGGCCUUCGACAUGAAGGGCGACGACGUGAUCGUGUUCCUGCACAUCCAGAAGACGGGCGGCACCACCUUCGGCCGCCACCUGGUGCAGAACGUGCGGCUCGAGGUGCCCUGCGACUGCCGGCCCGGCCAGAAGAAGUGCACCUGCUACCGGCCCAACCGCCGGGACACCUGGCUCUUCUCCCGCUUCUCCACCGGCUGGAGCUGCGGCCUGCACGCCGACUGGACCGAGCUCACCAACUGCGUGCCCGGCGUCCUGGACAAGAGGGACAGCGCCAACCUCAAAGCGCCCAGAAAAUUCUACUACAUCACCUUGCUGAGAGACCCCGUGUCCCGCUACCUCAGCGAAUGGAGGCACGUGCAGCGCGGGGCCACCUGGAAGACCUCCUUGCACAUGUGUGACGGCCGAACGCCAACCCCCGAGGAGCUGCCGUCCUGCUACGAAGGCACAGAUUGGUCGGGGUGCACCCUUCAGGAGUUCAUGGAUUGCCCGUACAACCUGGCCAACAACCGCCAAGUGAGGAUGCUAGCAGACUUGAGCUUGGUGGGCUGCUACAACAUGUCCUUCAUCCCGGAGAACAAACGAGCCCAGGUCCUUCUGGAGAGCGCCAAGAAGAACCUCAGAGACAUGGCUUUCUUCGGGCUGACCGAGUUCCAGCGGAAGACGCAGUACCUCUUCGAGAGAACUUUCAACCUGAAGUUCAUCCGGCCCUUCAUGCAGUACAACAGCACCAGGGCGGGCGGGGUGGAGGUGGAUAAUGACACCAUCAGAAGGAUUGAGGAGCUCAAUGACUUAGAUAUGCAGCUCUAUGACUAUGCAAAGGACCUCUUCCAACAGCGGUACCAGUACAAGCGGCAACUGGAGAGGAUGGAGCAGAGGAUAAAGAAUCGGGAGGAGAGACUUCUUCACCGGUCCAAUGAAGCGCUUCCCAAGGAAGAGACCGAAGAGCAAGGACGCUUGCCCACCGAGGACUACAUGAGCCAUAUUAUAGAGAAAUGGUAGCCUAGGCAGACUUUUCUACUGAUGGGAUUCUAGGGUUUCAAUACGAGAUUGUCAUUGUUGAGGAAGAGUGGGGUAAAAGUAACCCCACAGAACUUUUAUUUAAAAAAAAAAAAAUCAAGUCUGUUUAACAGAAAGUAGAUACUUCUUUAAGAUGUUCGGGGUCGGGGGGAGGGGCCGGGAGGGUGAGGGUGUCUUUUUACUAUUUCUACAAGGCCAGAGGUUCUUAAAAAAUAAAUAAAUGAAAAUAAAAAAAUGGGUCAAAGUCAACACCUACUUAAAAAAAAAUGCACAAGUUCUGCUCCCCACACCAAGGCCAGUGCAAUGUAAUGUUUCUUUCUCCAAACUCAGAUGAAGGGAGGAUUCGCUCAGAUCAACUUCCUGAGUUGCAAAACAAACAUGAGAAAAGGCAAUAUGUCCAUGUUUUAAAAAAAGAAAGAAAGCAAGCCAGGGGAGGGAGAUGAUGUGUCGGUUGUGCUGUUUAUCUGCAAUCUAACCACAAAAAGCCGCGGCCCUGAUUCAAGUAGCGGCUGCUGCGAAGAGAAGUGGAACAAAAUAAAAUAAAAUAAAGAAAAACAGCAGAGAAAGGGCUGAAAUGAGAAAAACUAAAGCAAACUCUGGAGAUGGCCUAGAAUCUAUUCUGAACACAGAGGUUUGAAAGACACUUCGCUGGUGUCACAGGCUGACCGCUUCAUCACAGAGCUGAUACAGCUUCAAAGUGUAGGAUUGGUCCCAGAAUUCUAAUUGAAUUCCAUUUAGAAUAAAAUGUACACGUACUUACAA